AUGGAGCUGGGGUGGCUGCUGUGGGGCACGGCGGUGCUGCUGCUCCUCCACGUCCUCAUGGAGCUCAGCCCCACCGUCAACUUCGCGCUGCGCAUCGGCUUCUACUGCCUGCUGUGCCUGGUGUCCUCGGCGCUGGCGGCUGUCGCCUGCCUGCUGGUGAACGGCGGCCGCACGGUCAAGAACAUGAGAAUCAUCAGAGCUGUUGUCAGGACCUUCAAGUAUUUCUUUGGCCUGAGGUUUGAGGUGAAAGGACUGAAGAACUUCAACGUGGAGGGCCCUGCUAUCAUUGUGUCCAACCAUCAGAGCGUCCUCGACAUGAUGGGGCUGAUGGAGGUCCUGCCCGACAACUGUGUCCAGGUGGGCAAGAGAGAGCUGAUGUACAUGGGCAGCGUGGGGCUCAUCAUCUACCUCGGCGGCGUCAUCUUCAUCAACAGGAAGAGCACCAGCAGUGCCAAGAUGGUGAUGUCAGAGGUGGCCAAGACUAUGGUGGCUGAGAAUGUGAAGGUGUGGGUAUAUCCAGAGGGCACGAGGAACUGCACUGGGGAUUUGCUGCCAUUCAAGAAAGGAGCAUUUCACCUCGCUGUCCAGGCACAGGUCCCAGUGAUCCCUGUGGUGUAUUCCUCUUUCACCAGCUUCUAUAACCCAAAGACAAAGCUAUUUACAUCAGGCAAAAUCAAGGUUGAGGUUCUGCCUCCAAUAGAGACCAAAGGGCUGACGUCAGACGAUGUGACCGACCUCACUGACAGAUGCUUCAACACCAUGAGGGAGACCCUCUUCAGGUUAUCAGGCUAUCCAAGCAAGGCAAAGGACUCAUCCUAGAGGCUUCUCCAGUGGUGUCACCAUGUGGUGGUGGCUGAAGGGACCUGUCCUUGCCAAAUACUGAAGGAACUUCUCCUCUGCAGUGAUUUCUAACUCUUGGGAGCACCACAGACUGGCACACACAAUGUGUCAAGCCAGCACUAAGUCUCCCCUUUGAGUGGAUUUCUCUUAUGCGUUCAUUUUCUCACUUUGAA